UCUUAAUUAAAUUAAACUAUUUAAUGAAAAUAAAUCUACGAAUAAAAAGAAUUAACAAAGCGUAAAAAUCUAACAGUGUAAAAAUAUAAUAAGAAUGGAUCUAGAGCAGUUGAUUUCACCUAACAAAUCCCACACAAUUUAUUCUUCCUAAUUAUUAAAUUUUAAUAAUCUCCCAUUGAUGAUUAAAAAUUCCUAAGUAUUCAAUAUCUUCUCUCGAAUAAUAUCAAAUAUAUCUUCAAAUAACAAUUCCAUAUCUCUAUGUGAAUUUAAUUAAUUGGAGACUCAUUACAUACUUUGAAUUUUCUGAAAAAUCACACUAAUUGCGGUAAAGCAUCUCUACUUUUGCUCAACUAAUGGUGUUUAAUUCUAGAACUAAAAUAACAAAUCACCUCUUGGUCUCAUUGUCAUUCAAUUGAUCAAUCAAUAAUUCGUAAAAAGAAAUAUUAAGCAUUAAGCAUUAAGAAUAAGAAUUAAACACUCAAUCAUGGAAAUAUUAAAAAUAAAAUAACUCAGAAUAUAAAUUGUGUGUUCAUUGCUAGACUACAUCAAUGCUCUAGAAAAUAAAAUUUAGUUCAUAAUCAAAUUGAAAAGAAAACAAAUAAAACUUGUGUGUUUCAUGGGAAUUGGUUGAUCAACAUGAAGCGGCGCCCCUUUGUCCUCAGAAAGACUCCAAAGAAAAUUCUUCAAAUGCAGCACACCCAAUUUUUGCCCUAAAGAGCCUUUAAAUAGGUAAAGGAAUCCUAUUCCCGUUUGGAGAAAAUCCCAGAUUUUUAGGUUUCAUUUAACCGACUAUUUUGGCCAUUUAACUUCAAAGUUCGAACUUUUGGUAAACUAAAAAGUUGUAGCCCUUUAACUUGAAUCAUCUCGAUUGGACAUCUGAGCCCAAAGUUAUGCUGAAAAUACUAACUGAUGUGCAGGUUGGAAUCCUAAUCUGAAUUGAACUUGGAUUUGGUGCAAAUUUCCUUUGAUUUCUUGCUCCAGUUGGACUUAAAUUUAGUUGGGUUGGUUUUCUCUUGAAUUCAUUCUUGGCUGGAUGUAAGAUGACUUGAUUCAAUUGGCCUAGCCCCACUUUGCAUAUAAAGCCCUUGUAGAUUAAUCUAAAAUCUUCUCAUUCCUUCAAAGCACAAAUGAAUAGAUAAAUAUAAAUAAAAAUCAAAUCAAAUCAAAAGAAAUAAAGGAAAACUAACAAUUUUAAUAAAUAAGAGGAUAAUAAAAAUCAUGUAAAAAUUACACUUAUCAAUAUUGAUGGAGAAUUCCAAGUGGAUAUGAUACUCCAGUCACUACCAGAAUCAUUCAAGGAAUUCAGACUUAAUUAUAAUAUGAACAAAAAGAUUUAUUCUUUGUCUGAAUUAGUGAAUGCAUUGGUAGUGAUGGAAGGCAUUCUUGGUACUUCUAAUGUUAAUGCUAAUUUGGUUAAAGCUUCUACUUUUCAACCUAAGUCGAAAGGCAAGGGUAAGAAGAAGAAGAAGAAGGACUUCACUAAGGAAGAUGGAAAACAAAUUGCCUUAGGGGUUGCCAACAAAGGAAAGAAGAUCAAAGGAAAGUGUUUCCAUUGUGGUGAGAAAGGACAUUGGAAGAGGAAUUGUCCAAAAUUCAAGGCCACCAAUAAUAAGGGGGUUCCAGGAGGCCAAAAAGCUUAAUGAAGGGGAAUUGUUUCUUACUUUGGUUGAUGGGAGCAGGAUUCCGGUUGUAGCUGUUGGAGUGUUAAUUUAUGCUUUGAGUUUAGGGUUUUAAUAUUGA